AUGGCCAAUUCAGCAGCAGCUGCUGCAGCAGCAGCAGCAGCAGCGGACGAGAAGCCUUCGCCUCAAAACACGAAUGCUGCAGCAGCAGCAAGCAGCAAACCCAGCCCUCCCCUUUCGUGGGCCCAGCGGGCCUCGCGGGCCUCUGCGGCAGCGGCGUCGGCGGAGCUUGCCGUGUCUGGAGGGUCCCCUGAGAAGCCCGCAGCAGCAGCAAAGUCAGCAGCAGCAGCAGCAGCAGCAGCCCCCCCAGCAGCAGCAGCAGCAGCUGCUGCUGCGGGGCCCCCUGCACUACCCCAGUUCGCCCGCGCCAGCAAAGAAAGACCCAUAAUUGUGCUGGACGCGGGGGCCCUGCUGCGGGUAGAGGCCCUGGAGAAGUUCCGGCACUUUUGCUGCUUCAUCACAACAGCAGCAGCAGCAGCAGAAGUGCGGGAAGCAGCGGCGCGGCAGCGGCUGCAGCAGCAGCAGCUGCUGCUGCUGGCUGUCCAUACACUCGAACCCUCCGCAGCAGACCUGCAGUGGGCCCACAAGUUUGCAGAUAUGACAGGAGAUCUUCCUUUUUUGUCUCCGACAGAUUUGGGAAUUAUUGCUCUCACUUACAUGCUGCAGCGAGCCACGGGAGAGACACAAAACCUCAAACUCAAACCCCCAGCUUUCGAAUUCAUUUCCGAGCUGCUGCUGCAGCAGCAGCUGGACAGCAGCGCAGCCCCAGUGCAUGCCUGGACGCUGCAGCAGACUCAGGGGAUCCACGACGCCCGCGCGAAACCCGCAGCAGCAGCAGCAGCAGCAGCUGCUGCUGCUGCUGCGGCUGCGGCGCGGGCGUGGGGGACGCGGAGAGCAGCGGGGGCUGCUCAGGGCGAAGGAGACGCCAAGCAGCAGCAGCAGCAGCAGCAGCAGCAGCAGCAGCAGGAAGAAGGAGACAGCAGCUCUGAGUAUACUGAGGAUGACAUGGACCCAGAGGAGGGCUGGGUCACCGAGGAAGUGCUGCGAGCCCAUUUGGGCCUCAAGGCCCCCUCGGGGGCCCCCCUGGAGGCCCCUUUGGGGGCGCCACAGGCUCUUGGGGAGGCCCCUGAGGGGGCCCUUCCCGGUUCUCUCCCUGAGGGGCCCCCUGGGGGUCCCCCUGUGGACGGGCCUGAGGGGCUUGCUGAGGGGGCCCCCUCGGGGAAACCCUCAGGGGCCUCCUCAGGGGCCCCUGAGGGGACAUCGGGGGCCUCGGGAGCCCCCUCGGGGGCCCAUGAGGGGGCAUCGGGGGCCUCGGGAGUCCCUUCGGGGGCCCCCUCUGGGGAUCUCUCUGGGGCCCCCUCGGGGACCCCCUUGGGGGCCCCCUUGGGGGGCCCUGGGGGCGCGGAAGAGGCGGAGGUGGAGAGUGUUGCUGCUGGUUUUGAGGGUUUGGAGUUGAGGGCUGCGGAGCAGAAAGUGGAGGAGUUGGUGCAGUGCAUGACAACAGACUUUUCAAUUCAAAAUGUGCUGCUGCAGAUGGGGCUGGGGGUAGUGGCUGUGGACGGGCGGAAGAUAAAGACGGUGAAGGUGUGGGCGCUGCUGUGCAGGGCCUGCGGGCACAUAGAGCGGAAGACACGGCUGCUGUUUUGCAGCAAGUGUGGCCACCACACUUUAGAAAGGGCCCCUCUUUAUUUCGACAAAGAAACGGGGAAGGUAUUUGUUUUUGAUGGCAAGAGAAAGUUUUCCAAGAGAGGCCAGAUAUACACUAUUCCGAAAAACAAAGGAGGCAAACACCAGAGGCCGAUCAUUCUGGCAGCAGAUCAACUGAUGAUGGGGGGCCUCAACCGCGAGCUGCGCCACAGAGAAAAGCUCUGGAAAAAAGAUGUAGAAUCUAAGAAUCCAUUUUCGCCUAACUACUGCCUAGAGGCCCAGAGCUGGCACAUGAGGGCCUUUACGGCUUCUGGCAGGGCUGCUGCUGCGGCGCCCCCAAGAGUGGUGGUUCUGCCUCCUCAACAGGCAGACAGGAAGCUAACUGAUGGAUUCCUCAAUGAUAUGAAAACAGAGUAA